AUGAUGCUCAACUCAGACACCAUGGAGCUGGACCUGCCUCCCACCCACUCUGAGACCGAGUCCGGCUUCAGCGACUGUGGGGGCGGGGCGGGCCCUGACGGGGCGGGGCCGGGGGGGCCGGGAGGGGGUCAGGCUCGCGGCCUGGAGCCGGGAGAGCCGGGCCGGAAAGACCUGCAGCACCUGAGCCGUGAGGAGCGGCGGCGCCGGCGGCGCGCCACAGCCAAGUACCGCACGGCCCACGCCACGCGGGAGCGAAUUCGCGUGGAAGCCUUCAACCUGGCCUUCGCCGAGCUGCGCAAGCUGCUGCCCACGCUGCCCCCCGACAAGAAGCUUUCCAAGAUUGAGAUCCUGCGCCUGGCCAUCUGCUACAUCUCCUACCUGAACCACGUGCUGGACGUCUGA